GAUAGGAAAGGUUAUAACUCACGUGCUUAUUUUGAAAAAAAUUUUCGAGCAGUAUCCAUAAUUUUUCACUUUUCUGAUUUUAAUUCCUUUUACAUAAAUGUACUAAUAUAACGUAUAAAAAAUGCAAAAUUUAAUGAUUUAUAUACAUUUAGGAUUUAAAAGCGUAUGAAUGAACGUAAACUUUUACGUUUCGUUUAAUGAAAAUAUUAGAACUGUUUAAAUAACAAUUGCAAUUUUAAUAACAAGUAUUUUAAAAUGGGACGAAAAGCUAAGUUUGAUGAUACAAUCGUUCCAAGUGGUCGUGGGAGAAAAGCAAAGAAACAAGGAGAUCCAACAUUUCCAAAAGGAAUAUUAGUGAAAGAAGAAAAAGAAUUAAGUCAUAGACAGAGGCAACGAGCAAGAAAAAGAUUGCUAAAAAAGCAAAAUUUAAAUAAAAAGUUAACUAAGUUAGAGAAAACGAAAGGCAAAAAGGAAAUAGAAGAUACUCUAACCGAAGAUAAUGUCAAAAAUGUGACAAAACAAUUAAAAACAAAUAAGAAAAAGAAAUGUCUUAAAAGGCAACUUAAAAAUAAUAAUUUAAGUCAUGAAGAUGAUCAAAUGCAGUUCAACAGUGAUAGUAAUAUGUCUGAUAAUGAAGACGUAAUGCGAGGUGAGCAACAAAAAAUUAAAAAAAAGAAAUUACUAAACAAUGAUACAAAAGAUGAAAUUGAUAAUUACAACGACAUUGAGGAAUAUGAACAAAAUGGAAAAAUAGAUAAUGAGGAAAUGAAUCAAAAUGAAGAUACAGAUAGUUCUGAUAAUGAUGUUGAUCUACUUCCUAUUGAGAAAGCAAAUAAAAAAUUAAGAAAGAAACAAGAAGAAGAACAAAAAUUAGCGGAGGAGGAAAUGCAUGAAAUGACCUUGCAACAAUCUGUCUUUACCUUUCCCACUGAAAAAGAACUUGCAGAAGUUACUAAUUUAAAAGAUGUACAACAACGUAUAAAAGACGUUAUCAUGGUAUUAUCCGAUUUUAAAAAAUUGCGCGAUGUAAAUAGAUCCCGUUCCGAAUAUAUGGACCUUCUUAGAAGUGACUUGUGUACAUACUAUAGUUAUAAUAAUUUCUUGAUGGAAAAACUGAUGCAAAUAUUUCCACUGGAUGAGCUAUUAGAAUUUUUAGAAGCAAGUGAAGUCCAGAGACCUAUGACGAUACGAACGAAUACAUUGAAAACACGUCGUCGUGACUUGGCUGAAGCUUUGAUCAAUAGAGGAGUUAAUUUAGAUCCCAUUGGCAAAUGGACAAAAAUUGGAUUAGUGAUUUACUCUUCGCAAGUCCCUAUGGGUGCCACACCAGAGUAUUUAGCAGGACAUUACAUUCUACAAGGUGCAUCUAGUUUCCUACCUGUUAUGGCUUUGGAUCCCAAAGAAAAUGAAAAGAUUCUUGACAUGUGUGCUGCACCUGGAGGAAAGUCAUCGCACAUAGCGUCACUUAUGAAAAACACAGGUGUAAUCUUUUCGAACGAUGUAAAUGAAGAAAGAAUAAAAGCUGUUGUCGGCAAUUUUCACAGACUUGGCAUCGUGAAUUCGAUCGUUUGUACUUAUGAUGGACGAAAGUUACCAUCAGUGAUUAAAAGUUUCGAUAGAGUAUUGUUAGAUGCACCAUGCACUGGUACUGGUGUUGUUUCAAAAGAUCCCAGUGUUAAAACAAAUAAAGACGAAGUAGACAUACAGCGUUGUUGUACAUUGCAAAAGGAAUUACUUUUGGCAGCUAUAGAUUGUGUCAAUGCACGUUCAGAAUCCGGCGGAAUUAUUGUUUAUUCGACUUGUUCCAUUCUUCCAGAAGAAAAUGAAUGGGUCGUUGAUCAUGCCCUUAAGAAACGUGAUGUUAAAUUAAUACCAACUGGAUUAGAAUUUGGUGCCGAAGGUUUUACAAGCUACAGACAGUACAGAUUUCAUCCUUCAUUAAAAUUAACUAAACGAUUUUACCCACAUGUACAUAAUAUGGAUGGAUUUUUUGUAGCAAAAUUAAAAAAAUUCUCCAAUAUUAUUCAUAAAAACAAAGAUGCAGAGGAAGAAACUUUGAUAAUUGAUAAUUUUUAAGUUAAAAUAGAAUGAAUUAAUAUUGUAAUAGCUACAAUAUUUGAAAAAAAUGCUAUCUAAGUAAUUUAAAUAUUUUAAAAAUAUAUAAUUUGUAUGUACAGAUUUUAUAUUUUACAUUAAAUUUUAUAUAAAUUACUUCUAUUGUUAUAAUAUUAUUUUUCAGAUUAUACAUUACUUGUAGAUCGAUUAAAAGAGUGAACAAUUAUUUAGUCAUCAUAUAAAAUAGUCGUUAAAUAUUUAUAUAAAUUUACCAGACUUUUUCAUUAAUGGAAAAAUAUACUCUUUAAUUCCUUUUCACAAAGUUUUUUUACAUCUUCUGAAAUAAAAAUUGUUAUUCUCAUUUAUGUAAUUCUAAACUGAAGAUCAGUAGAUCAUAAUAAAAUAAAUACAUAAUCAUGUAUAUAUAUAUAUGUAUAUAUAUACCUUCUAUUUCCAUUAUACUUGCACUUUUUUGUUGAAUAACUACAAAAAAUUCCCUUAAGUUCGAUAACUUUCCAACGACCCAAUAAUCGCUCAUAGUUUUUAUAAUAAUUUCUCCAGCUUCUUUUAAUCUAAAAUUACAAAAAGAAAGAUAUAUUUUAAUUGUAAAAUAAUAAGUUAAAAUGCUAUUGUAUUAUGUACUAACUUAUUUGUAUCAUUAUAUAUAUCAGUGAUAACUCUCAAUACUUCCGGUGUUGUAAGGACAUUAGAGCAUCUCCUGUUAUCUGGAUGUAUUGUACUUUUAUAUGCUAAAUUAAGUUUAUUGAAAUAUAGAUAUUUGCAUGAUUCAGAAGAAACUGUUACAUGUUUAGUACAUUGUUCAGCAACUGAAUUAACAAGUGUGGUUAAUUGCGGACCAAGAAAGCUGUCCAGACUUUUAAAGAAAUCUAUUAACAAACUUGUUUUACCUGUAAAAUAAGCACUCCAAUUUUAUGUCUUUUAAAAUGUUUACUUCAUUAUUUAAAAAAAAAGAAGAAAAGGGAAGAUACUUACUAUCAACAAAUAGGCAUAUUGUAGCACUUAAUGCUCUAUAAACAACUAAAUACAGUGACACUGGUUUCGUAGAAUAAUUAAUAAAUACUUUAGGAGAUUUUCCGAUUAAACUUGGUUCAUUAAUGCUAGAUGGACCAGUGACAAAUCUAAUAAAAUUUAUGUAACUUAUUAUAUUGUUAUAAUAUAGAAUAUUUAAUUAUUUUCUAACUAGUUAGCAUGUACUAACUUUCCAUAGUGAGUGGUUGUAAAUGGUGAAGGUGAAUUUCUGGGCAUUGAACCCUCGUGUAAUUCUUUUUCAAGAUGAGCUGGCAAAAGUGUACUUACUAGAUAAUUAUAAACUACUUGCAUAUCUUCUGGCUCCAAACCACUCCUAAAUAAUGGCAAUGAAUAUUAAUUCUUUAAUUGUUAUAUAUUAUAGUGGCAUAACAAUAUUUAUAUUACUAACCACACAACUUGAUCAUUGUAAAGAAAUGCAGUGUAUUUUACUUGAGAAAACAUAGCUUCUACUAGAUUCAUGAAACACUGAACCCGUAAAAAUGUUAUUUUAUCAAGAGGUAAGAAUUGUAAGCCUUGGAAAACGUCCAAAAUAUCACUGUUAUUCAACUUUAAAGACAUUAAAUACUGUAAAAAAUAAAAGAUAUUAGAAAUUAUAUUAA